GUUGAUCCUGCUGGGUGAUCCCAACUUCCUGUGCUGGAAGAGAAGUGUCUCUCACGAUUAUCUUAACAAGGCCUACACCCGUAUAGACGGGGAACGGCCCCAACCAUGAUCCUGUGAAAGCUAACAAGUCUGAUAGCUAAUUAACUUUUCAGACCGUAGAGACGCCGGUGACAAAGCCGCUGUUUUCAAUACAAACAUAACAAUAGCCAUUGCUAGCGUAACCGCUAGCCAGCCAGCAAAGUAGAACUAGUUGCUAGGCUAGCUAUUCGCCUACCAAGCAUCUCUAAAUUUGUUCACGGUGUCUAUUUCAAAAUGUCAACUACAGGGUUCAACUCUCAGAAUGGGUCAGGAGGAGGACAAGCGUACGCGAAUGGCCCCUCCCAGAACCCUGUACCCCUGCAGCCUCCAGGACAGGGCUACAACAUGCCCCACCAGAUCCCCUACAACCCCAUGCAGGCCAAGGCCCCCAUGCCCCCUGGCCCUGGACUCUAUAACUCUGGGCCUUACCAGCCCGGCCCCCCCACCGGCUCCUACCAGGGCCCCCCAGGUCCCCCCAUGAUGACAAGGCCUCCGAUGGGGUCCCUAGGGGUCCACACCCCCCCUCAGUCCUCAACCCCCAGCCCUGGCCCCAGCCCCAUCCCUGGCCCCAGGAUGUCCCCCCUACAGGUUGCCCCCACUCCACCUGCGCACACCAACAGCUACUACCCUGCCCCCCCUCAACAACAGCCCGCCCCCCCGGCCUGGCAGUACGGAGCUCCUCGACCAAUGGGAGUGCCUCCUCCCAUGGCCACGCCGCCCCUCGGCCCCAUGGGUAAUCACACAUCCUCGCCCGGCCCGCCAGCGUCGGCAGCGGGCUACGGCGUGGCGGCGCCCGUUCCUCCCGCCUUCCACAACGCCACGCCGGGGCCGGGCCUGCCGCCCACCACCGUGCACGGAUACGUCCAGCGAGGCUCCGCCCCCCCUCCGAUGAACCCGGGGGCUCCCAACACGUACCAACAAGGCAGAGGUCCCUACGGACCCCCCCUCCCCGGACCCCCCCUCCCCGGACCCCCCCUCUCCGGACCCCCCCUCCCGGGACAGCCCCCCUCCAUGAGGCCCACCCCGCCCCCCACAGGCUCCCCCAUGGCCAACGCCACCCCUCCGCCCCCCCUCGCCCCCCAGAACGACGGACCGUUGCCUGGUAACGGAACCCAGUACGCCAACAGCUUCAACCACCUGGACAGCCCCGGAGCCAAGAUGGCGGGCCCGCCCCCCUCCCAGCCAGGGCCCCCCGGCCCUCGACACAUGGGCCUCUCCUACCCCUCCCUCCCCCCGGGGUACCAGAACACCUCGGGGCCCCCCAACGCCUCCCCCAUGCACCCGCCCUCCCUCCCCCCCACACAGCCUUACAGCCAAGCGCCUCAGCCGUAUCCUCAGCCUCCAGCGGGCCCAGGCCCCGGCCCCGGUGCUGCCCAGCUGAGCCCCUCCCUGGCUGGGCUGAGCCUGCAGGGCCAGCCCCCCGAGGCUCUCAGGGUGGUGAACCUGCUGCAGGAGAGGAACCUGCUGCCCCCAGGGCCCCUGGUGCCCCCUACACCCUGCCUGCCCCAAGACCUGCAGAAGAUCAACUGCCACCCAGAGGUGUUCCGGAGCACUCUGACCAGCAUCCCCCAGACCCAGUCUCUGCUCAACAAGGCCAAGCUCCCCCUGGGACUGCUGCUGCACCCCUUCAAAGACCUCUCACAGCUCCCGGUGGUGACAUCCAGCACCAUCGUACGCUGCCGCUCCUGCAGGACCUACAUCAACCCCUUCGUCACCUUCCUCGACCAGCGCAGGUGGAAGUGCAACCUCUGUUACCGGGUCAACGAUGUGCCAGAGGAGUUCAUGUACAACCCUGUCAGCCGAUCGUACGGCGAGCCCCACAAACGGCCGGAGGUCCAGAACGCCACCAUCGAGUUCAUCGCCCCGUCGGAGUACAUGCUGAGACCGCCCCAGCCCGCGGUCUAUCUCUUCGUCCUGGACGUAUCCCAUAACGCCGUGGAGACGGGGUACCUCAGCGUGGUCUGUCAGUCUCUGCUGGACAACAUCAACGCGCUCCCGGGGGACGCGAGGACAAAGAUCGGCUUCAUCACGUUCGACAGCACCAUCCACUUCUACAACCUCCAGGAGGGCCUGUCCCAACCCCAGAUGCUCAUCGUGUCUGACAUAGACGAUAUCUUUCUACCAACACCAGACAGCCUUUUAGUCAACUUCAACGAAUGCAAGGAGCUGGUGCAGGCCCUGCUGAAGAGCCUGCCCCAGAUGUUCUCCAAGACCAUGGAGACCCAGUCAGCCCUGGGCCCUGCCCUGCAGUCGGCCUUCAAGCUGCUGUCCCCCACCGGAGGCCGCGUGUCCGUCUACCAGACCCAGCUGCCCAACGUCGGGGUGGGGGCGCUCAAGUCCCCGGGGAGGACCCCAACCCAGCGCGCCUCGGCCAAGGAUAUCCAGCACCUCUCCCCGGCCACAGACUUCUACAAGAAGCUGGCGCUGGACUGCUCCGGCCAGCAGGUGGCAGUAGACCUGUUCCUGCUCAGCUCUCAGUACUGCGACCUGGCCUCUCUGGGAUGCAUCUCCAGGUACUCAGCAGGAAGUGUGUACUACUACCCCUCCUACCACCAGGAGCAUAACCCCGCCCAGGUGGAGCGCUUCCAGAAGGAUCUCAAACGAUACCUGACGCGCAAGAUCGGGCUUCGAGGGCCGUCAUGAGAAUACGCUGCAACCAAAGGCCUGUCCAUCCACACGUUCCACGGGAACUUCUUUGUGCGUUACGACCUGCUGUCUCUCCCCAACGUGAACCCGGACGCGGGCUUCGCCGUGCAGAUGUCCAUCGAGGAGAACCUAGUGGACCUGCAGACGGUCUCCUUCCAGGCUGCGCUGCUCUACACCUCCAGCAAAGGAGAGAGGAGGAUCCGGGUCCACACCAUGUGUCUACCGGUGGUCAACUCGCUCUCUGACAUCUUCGCUGGGGCAGAUGUCCAGGCCAUCACCGGACUGCUAGCCAGCAUGGGUAUCCGUGGACGCUCGGUGACAGCCAGCCUGAGCGACGCGCGGGACGCCAUGACCAACGCUGCCAUCGACUCCCUGGCGUCGUACCGCUCGGCCGUGCUGACCGUCCAGCAGCCUGGCCUGCUGGCGCCCGCCUGCCUCCGACUCUUCCCCCUCUACAUCCUGGCCCUGCUCAAGCAGGUGGCGUUCCGGACGGGCACGAACCGGCUGGAUGACCGUGUGUUCUCCAUGUGCCAGCUGAAGUACCAGCCGCUGGCCUACGUCAUGCUGAUGAUCCACCCGGCGCUCUACCGCCUGGACGACCUCAGCGACGAGGGGGCCCUGAACAUCAGCGAGCGCACCAUCCCUCAGCCCCGGCUGCUGCAGCUGUCUGUGGAGAAGCUCACCAGGGAGGGGGCCUUCCUAUUGGACGCCGGCUCGGUCCUGUAUCUCUGGGUGGGCAGGAACUGCAGCCCAGACUUCCUGUCUAAGGUUCUGGGAGCCCCCUCGUACGCUGCUGUGCCCCAGGUUAUGAACUCUCUACCGGAGCUUGACACUGCAGAGUCCCAGAGAACCAGAGCUUUCAUCGGCUGGCUGAAGGAACAGAGGCCUUUCUUCCCCCUGCUGCACGUCAUCAGGGACGAGAGCCCGCUGAAGGCCAGCUUCAUGCAGAACAUGAUUGAGGACCGUACAGAGUCGGCCCUGUCCUACUACGAGUUCCUGCUCCACGUCCAGCAGCAGGUGUCCAAGUAACGCCAGCCUGCUGAGAGCUUGGGAGCGCACGCACAGGGAGGGAGAAGAUUCUCGGUGUGUGUGGAAGGGGGGGGGGGGGGGUUGUGUGUGUGAACUGGGAGAGGAAAACCACACCUGUUCAGGACAGCCUCCAUCACACCUCAUCACCACCUGUGGCUUCCUCUCUCUCUCUCUCUCUCUGUCUUUGUGUGGCUCUCAAGUCGUUUCGGAAGAUUCGUACGAGUGAAACGCCCAUCUUUAGAACUUUCUACCUGAAACAAAUCAAACUUUAUUUGUUGACGUGGACAAUGGGGGGCGGGGUCCGAUCAUAGCUGCUGACCGGACGCCUUCUAACUGAAGCAGCUUCUAGACAGAGGCAACAAGAAAUCAGUGAUUAUCUAUGUACGAGUGAGUGAAUCAGUGUUUAUUCUCAUAGAACAAUGCUGUUUUUGAAGGGUAUCUGUUAGAUACAGGGCCAGCUAAUGGAUUGUGAACGUGUUUGUUUUUUUGUUUUUUGCAACAACAAAAAAGCACAGCUAUCUCUGCUUAUAAUAAAAGUAAUAAUUGUUCUGAUUCUUGCGAUCGUGCCGGGUGCUGGGCAGUCACAAGAGAACAUGUUUUAGAGAUGACACUGUUCUGGGUUCCCCCCUGGUGCACAGGAAACAGGAAGUGGAGACACGGUUCAUGUGAAAUCUCUGCUGUUGUCUUCUUUCUACAAUCCUUGUGCAGGGUUUUUUAUCUGCUCUUUAGGACUGUUAUGAACCUCAACAGUGUAACUCUCUCUCUGCUCUUUAGGACUGUUAUGAACCUCAACAGUGUAACUCUCUCUUCACUGCCUGAGUGUCCGGCUGAUAGGGGAGGAACUGUGUGCUUUUUAGUCUUUUUUUUUUCCAUAUUUUUUUUUCUUUUUCGAACAAAUCUCCCAUGGCUUUUUUUGUAAAGGCAGAAGUGUUUCAACGUUUGAAGGCGAUCUGGAUCAACUGAUCCCGUAUCGUUUAAUUUGCUGCCUUUUAAUGUUUUGAAGAAGCAGCCGAAAGGAAGUUUCAUCCAGUUUUGUCUUGGGUCAGACCAGUCCUUUUGAGGUCUUUCUCUCUCUCUGUCUCUCUCUCUCUCUCUGUCCUUUUGAGGUCUUUCUCUCUCUCCUUUUGAGGUCUUGCUCCAUCUCUUUCUCUCUCUCUCUCCUUUCUCUCUUUCUUUUUCUUCUACCUUUCUGCCAUCCUCUCCCUCCCUCUUUCUCUCUCUCAUCCCACUUUCUCUCUUCAUAUAAAACACCUUUGAAGACGUUUUGUUUUGUUUCUAUUUAAUUUAUGAGAAUCCCAAACCUGAUUAAAUUCUGUUAUUGCCUUGUAUGGGAACUCACAUUUUAUUAUUAAACCUCUGUUUAAAUACAAACUAUAUAAAAUAUUUUAAUAUAAUAGGACACAGGAAAUUCUUUAACACAGACAUAACAAAAGCCAUUGUGAUCUUUAAUCAUGCUUAUUGAUACUUGUAUAUUGACAGUACUACAUAAUAAUGGUAAGAAAUUGAUGAUUUUAGUAUGAAAAUAUUAUGGUGAAAUGAGACAAAUAAAUUGUUUGGGAUUUUUUUUAACGCUAGUUGUGGUUUGUGUCAUGGACUGUACUAGAGAAGGCACAUUGUCGGUUUUUGUUUUUUCUUCCCCUCAGUCAACCUCGUGUCUUGGAUCAGCAACAACCUAAAACUUUUUCAUCGUAUGAACGUUUCAAAAGUUAAAUCUCCCAAAAGAUUAAUAAGAAUGGCUUUACGUUUGAUUCAUCAAUGAAAUGUUUCACCCCCGGUUUGCAACUGAACAUGUCACAUGAAUACUAUGCCUUAGGGUCCAGGUGUGAGAAACAUACAUAUAUGAUUUGAACAUGACACUGUCAGUUAGUCUCCUAUGGUUAACUAUAUGUUAACUGCUGCUGGUUAUCUAUUUGUACUUUUGACAAGCCCAGCAGUUGUCUGUUGUCCUCCUAAUCUAUGUGAAUCUGUCUUAAUGAAUUAAGACGGCAUUUGUACUUGCGUCACAUUCUGUUCAUGUAUGUACAUUUCUCAAAUAAAUACUAGUUCUAUA